AUGCAGCCCAAUGGAUUUUACAAUCCAUCAAUUAAUCACCAGCAAAAUCAACCAAUGGUUCCCCAUCAAGCCAACUAUAACAAUUGGUAUAAUGUGCAGCAAUUUUCUAAUAAUGGUAUGAAUAAUUACUACAAUAGUACACCUAUAGCUUACCAAUUGCCAAAAUAUAAUAAUGGAUUUUUGAUGCCUACAAAUGUACCUUACAUUCCUCCAUAUAAUAAUACCUAUAAUGCAAAUUUUAGCAAUAAUGGUUAUAUUCCACAGAGUAUGCAACCUGCCUUUCAACCUACAUUAUCUUAUUCAUAUAAUAAUGUAAUUUUACCAAAUCAAAAUGUAAAUGUCAAUAAUGCAACAAAUUUUAAUAGGCAAAUGACUUCAAACACUACUACAUGCUACCAAGGAAAUCAAUUUACACAUAAUAUGCCUUCAAAAGUUAAUCCAGUAAACAUUAAUUAUGAACCACAAGUUAGUGGUUCAAACAAUCAAAAUGUCAAUAAUGCAACAAAUUUUAAUAUGCAAAUGACUUCAAACACUACUACAUGCUACCAAGGAAAAAAUUUUAAUAUGCAAAUGACUUCAAACACUACUACAUGCUACCAAGGAAAACAAUUUACACAUAAUAUGCCUUCAAAAGUUAAUCCAGUAAACAUUAAUUAUGAACCACAAGUUAGUGGUUCAAACAAUCAAAAUGUAUCUAAUUCAAAAAAAGAUAAUAAAUGGUUUAAUUCAAGAAGUACGUUUGUAAAUAAUACAUCAACAAAUCUUGCUCCUAACUUCUCAAUGGUGCCUAACACUCAUCAAACUAAUUCAAAACAAAAUUGUUCUAUGAAUAAUCAAUCUAUUAAUACCAGAAAUCCAAAAACUAUUUCAAAAAUAUUUUCUAGAACAACAAAGCCAUUUGGAACAGAAAAAAUAUCUGAAAAACUGUCUAUUCAUCAAAUAAUAGCUAAAGAACGAAAAAAAUAUUAUCAUUCAUCUGAAUCUGAUUUUUAUAAGAAAAAGCUUGAAAGGUCAAUUUUUAUGCCACUAGAAAUAUGCAAUGAAUUUGAAAGAGUGUUAGGAAAACGUGCCAAACAUGUGAAUGUAUCAAAACCAGUUUAUAACAAGGAUCAUAAAAGAAAUUUUAAAGUGUAUAAGUGCAAGUGUUCAAAAAUUAAAAAAUAUGAUAACAGUGAUUCUUUUAGUUUAAGCGAUGAAGAUUCAGAUUGUGAAAAUGACAAAUUAAAAGAACUUGCUUUGAAAUGUGCCCAUCCUGACCGGCUGCAUCCAGACAUUUGGUAUAACGAAUUAGGAGAACUAAAUGAUGGGCCAGUUUGCAAAUGUAGUCCCAGUUCACAAAAUCUUGGUAUCCUCCACAAUAUUUAUGUUGGUGAAGUACCAUUUGAAUCUUGUUUGCCAAAUACAAAUAAUGCGGACAAAUUAUAUCAUUAUAGAAUUACUAUUACUCCACUUACAAAUUAUUUACAUAAAUAUCCUACAAUUAUAAAACAUAAUCAUCAUAAUUACACUUUUGAAGGGUUUUCAUUGUUAUCACAUUAUCCUCUUCCCACAAUGCCAACAUGCACCUUUACCCGGUUCAAUACUCAUUAUACUAUUAUAUACAUUGAAGAAAAGAUUCCAGAUAAUUUUAUUAUACAAGAGUUGACACUAUUUUAUGACUUUNUAUAACAAGGAUCAUAAAAGAAAUUUUAAAGUGUAUAAGUGCAAGUGUUCAAAAAUUAAAAAAUAUGAUAACAGUGAUUCUUUUAGUUUAAGCGAUGAAGAUUCAGAUUGUGAAAAUGACAAAUUAAAAGAACUUGCUUUGAAAUGUGCCCAUCCUGACCGGCUGCAUCCAGACAUUUGGUAUAACGAAUUAGGAGAACUAAAUGAUGGGCCAGUUUGCAAAUGUAGUCCCAGUUCACAAAAUCUUGGUAUCCUCCACAAUAUUUAUGUUGGUGAAGUACCAUUUGAAUCUUGUUUGCCAAAUACAAAUAAUGCGGACAAAUUAUAUCAUUAUAGAAUUACUAUUACUCCACUUACAAAUUAUUUACAUAAAUAUCCUACAGUUAUUAAACAUAAACAUAAUAAUUACACUUUUGAAGGGUUUUCAUUGCUAUCACAUUAUCCUAUUCCCACAAUGCCAACAUGCACCUUUACCCGGUUCAAUACUCAUUAUACUAUUAUAUACAUUGAAGAAAAGAUUCCAGAUAAUUUUAUUAUACAAGAGUUGACACUGUUUUAUGACUUUUUCUUUAAAGACAUAUUAGAAUUGGUGGAUUUUGAUUUUCAUGCUAUACGUAAUAAAGAUGGAUGCCCUCAAUUUCAUUUUAUACCUCGAUUUGUAAGAGAUUUGUCAAAUAAUAAAAAAGAAUUACUUUCCAUGAGUAAUGUUCUUAAAUAUCUUUUAAAUAGCAAUAAAUUACUUUUUGAAGAAAACUCAUUGCCUGCUUUACAACAAAUGUCUAGUGAUGAAUGGCAAGUUAUAGUAGAUGAAUAUAAAGAUAUGAUUAUUACAAACCCAGAAACUAAACCAAGUUCAAUACGUGUUGAUCAACUAGAUAGAGAAAACAAAGAGGAUACUAUUGACAAAAAAGACAAAUUAUAUCCAGUUGUAGUUCAUUUUGGUAUAAGACCAGCACAAAUAUGUUAUGUUGGUAAUAAAGAAUUUAAAAAAUACAGCAAAGAUUAUCUCAAAAUUAAGCAUCUUCUUGAUAAUAAGAUUGAUCCAUCACCUGAGGAUGAAAAAGAACUUGAAAUAAUUGAAAGAGCUUUAGAUGAAAUAAGAUCAAAUAAUAAAAUGAAACGUACAGUCACAACUGCUUUUAGUAGUAAAGGAUUUUAUAAAACUGGUCUCAUGUGUGAUGUAGCUCAACAUGCUAUGCUUUUACCAAUACUUGUGUCACAUUUUAAAUUUUAUAAAAGUUUGGAGUACUUAGAAAAAUCAAUAGAAUAUAAAUUCAAAGACAAGAAUUUACUUAAGCUAGCUUUAACUCAUUCAUCUUAUCGAGAAAAUUUUGGUACAAAUUCGGAUCAUAUAAGAAAUACUCUUACAAAUUGUGGUAUGCGACAACUAGAAUAUGGAGAUAGACAAAAUAGUAUGUUUAAAAGGAAAAGAGGAUUAAAAACCCUUAUAUAUACAAUGUCACGGUUUGGUGAAAUGGAAGAAAUGGAAUCAAAUUCUAAAAAUAAUGAACGUUUGGAAUUUUUAGGUGAUGCUGUUAUUGAGUUUGUGACUACUAUACAUUUGUUUAGUAUAUUUCCUGAUCUUGAGGAAGGUGGCCUUGCAACAUAUCGGUCUGCCCUUGUGGAAAAUCGACAUCUCACUUUUUUGGCAAGAAAUUUAAAAUUGGAAGAUUAUAUGUUAUAUGCUCAUGGUGCAGAUUUAUGCUACUGUUUCGAACAUGCAAAAGUACUGGCUAAUUGCUUUGAAGCUUUAAUAGGAGCAAUAUUUUUAGAUGGUGGAAUAGAAGCUGCUGAUUGUGUAUUUGGAAAAAUAUUGUACAAGGAUUCACCAGAACAUUUUAGAAUAUGGGUGAAUUACCCUAAGCAUCCAUUACAACAACAAAACCCAAAUGGUGACCGUGAGUGUAUUAAAAUAUCACCAUUUCUCAAAAAAUUAACUAAGUAUGAAGAUUCUAUAGGUGUUAAAUUUAAUCAUAUAAGACUUUUGGCGAAGGCAUUUACUCACAAAAGCGUGGGUUUUACAAAUUUAACCCUUGGAUCAAACCAACGUCUUGAAUUUCUUGGUGAUAGUGUUUUACAGUUUAUAACAUCAGACUAUUUAUAUAAUUGUUAUCCAGAACAUCACGAGGGUCAUUUAUCACUACUCCGUAGCUCCUUGGUAAAGAAUCAAACUCAGUCUGAUUUGUGCAAUGAUCUGGACAUGGUCAGCUAUGCGCUUCGUUCAAAUCAAGUACCAGAAUUUCAAAUAAAAGAUAAAGCUGAUCUUGUAGAAGCCUUUAUUGGUGCAUUGUUUUUAGACAAAGGUCUCAGAUACUGUCGGGAAUUUUGUAAUGUUUGUUUUUUCCCUCGUCUGCCGAAUUCCAUUGAAAAACCCAAUUGCCAUGAUUCUAAAUCAAAACUACAAACAUAUUUUCAAAAUUUACAACCUUUUCAUGUUCGAAACCCCGUAAUACCCAUUUAUAAAACGAUUGAAAUUACGGGACCAGGUCAUUGCCUAAAACAUACUGUAGGUGUUUACUUUAAAGGUGUUAGGAUAUCAACAGGAAAUGGUCAGAGUAAACACAAGGCUGAAAUGAAUGCAGCUACUAUUGGCUUAGAGGUAUGCAAAGAUUUAUUUCCACAACUGAAUUAUCAAAGAAAUGCUAUACCUAGAAGUUCGCAUCAUCAAAGUAUGAAUGGUAAUAGAAAUUAUAUGAUCAUCAGACAAAUGUUAGAAACACAGUCAUCUAUAAAUGAUACAUCCCUGAGCAAGUUAGAAAAAGAGAGAAACGAAUUAAAAUAUAAACUAUUAACAGUAUUAUGUUCUGACAAUGAUUUUAUUGAAGAAAAUACAGAAGACAAAAAUAAGAAACGUAAUAAAGAAGAGGUUGAUGAACCAGUAAGAAAAAAAUUAAAAGGAAAACCAAAGACUUAA